AUGCGAAUCUUCGCUGUCGUCAGUUUAACAUUACCUAAAAAGCUUUUGAAUUUGAACGUUACUUUAAUGAGUAUCCCUGAAUCCCAAGCCAAACACCUUAUUACACUAUACUUUAACCAGCUUAUCCAUGGUUGUCGUAAUGUAGAUUGUCAAAAUAGAAACUGUGCAUCUUCAGUCAAUUUUGCGCAUUCGGGUAUUACACCAAAUCAAGCGGCUGCUCUAGCAAUCGAAUUAACGGUCAGUCGUGCUGAUCUCUGUUUAUCUACUAAUGCAAUCUUAUCAUCUGGAAUGAACAAUCCAUCAACUUCACGUUCUGUGGAACCUGAAAUUAACAGUGAUGACAACGGUGGUGAGACGUCGAACGGAAUCAACGAAGUGUCUAGUUACCAUCCUCAAGAGCCUUCAAGUCUUCAAACGACUUCUAUUCCUUCAUCACAACAGCUUGUUGCUAAUUCGGAUACCAUAACAUCAGGUCCUGAUGAAGAUUCAUUUCAUUCUCUGAUGACGCCCGCUGAAGUUACUCGGUUAAUCAUGUUUCUGUUUGAUGCUUCGGAAAAUGACGAAAUCAGUUCUUCCCAGCUAAGCGAGCCAGCUUCUGGAAUUAUUGCAGAGGACUACUCGGCGGACCAUGAUAACUCUCUGACUUCCGCUUUUCGUAGUCGCAAUCCUCUGUUUGGAACAUCUAGGCCAUCUAGUUCGAGCUCUGAUACUUUGAAAGCCCUCAAAGGACCAACAAGCCAAAAUAACCAUACAACUCCAUCACUGAAUACAUCUGUCGAACGUGAAUCCCGUAAAACUGGUUUGUCGUUAACUGAAUUACAGAAAGCUAUUGAAAUGGGGAGGAAAAAUGGAGAGUGGUCCUGUCUUAUAAGUUUAUUAAAUUCAGUUUUCAGUUCGUAUGAUGCAUUAUCAAGUAGCUUCUUACAUGAAUUAUGUGGGGUUAAAUCAGGGAAGCAAUCCAUAAAGGAUAAAAAAGCUACAGACGUCUCAGACUCAUCACUGUGUUGCACCAGUGCCAAAACUCUAAAAGAUUACAAUGAAGUUAUUCCGCCAACUGUAAAUAAUUCUGAUGGCUCGGUUGACAACAUAAUAGAAUCUUCUUGGGUCGAAGGUAUGACUAGUAUCUCAACAGAUUUUCCUGUUUAUCAAAAUGAUGUAGAAAUGAAUGAUCAACAAGUGAACACUUGA